AUGAGUAUUUCAAAAAAUGGGACAGAAACCGAGAAGAACUCGAAGAAUUCCACUGGUAAAGCGAGAAACCUCAAAAGUGAAACCUCAAAAGUCAUUGUUUCAAAUGGACUCAAAAAUGAGACGAAAAUCGCGGAAUCGCCAAAAAAUCAAACAGUCGUUUUGGAAGCACCGCGAAAUGGGAUCCCGUUGCUGGAAAGAUUGGAUGAGAAACGCUACCAUUUCUCCCCAUCACUCUCCCCAUCUGUUUUGGAGGAGAUUUUGGUGACAACGGACGUCUUGUUGCCGAAAAUCUCGCAAAACACGCCAAGCGAGAUGACAAUUUCACUCUCCAAAACGAUCAUUCGGGGCACUUGUUUCGACCGAUACAUUUAUUGUGGAGAAUUUCGUACGCUCUGCACUCAUCCAACGUUUGAGUUUGUGAUGGCGCAAAAGUGUGCUUUAACAUGCGAUCGGUGUAUUGAAGGAAACAUUGGCGGGGAGGAGAAUCUCACGAAUGACACAAUGUGCAUUGAUUUGAGCUCCGAGUGCCAGGAUAACGUCAAUUUAUGUGAGGCUCCGCUUUAUCGGGAAACUAUGCACAAGCUGUGCCCAAAGUCGUGCAAAAUUUGCACACCAUUUUGCAAGGAUCGACAUGAUAACUGUCUCACCUACAAAGAAGAGGGUUUCUGCGAGAAUGCGAUCUACACACUCAAAGAGAGACAAUAUUUAUGUGGGGAGAUGUGUGGCAUUUGUGGAAAUCACACAGAAAAUCGUGCUUUU